GAACACUACACCAUCUGCUAUCCUGUUGCAAACUCUACGGUAGACGGAGCACGAACCACGAAAUCGUCGCCAAACGCUCAUUUUCAAAUUUGCUCUCCACCAUGAAGGUCCAGUUCUCCAUCGCCAUGUGCCUUACGCUCCUCGCCGCUGCUUCGGCGACGCACGCCAACUGCGACAUGGAUCCGGCGACCAAGGCUCCGACGCCGUCCGUGACGCCUCUGCCGUCGUCCGCAACGCCCUCGGUGGUGCCGACGACGAGCGCGCCAGCGACCACUUGCGGCAACUGCAAGAAUUGCUACUCCCCGAGCAACGGCCUUUGCCACGCCGACUGGACGCUCGCCAACUGCAAUGCGAACCCGCACUACGUCUGGUGUGGUGAGCCCGGCUACUGCGGCACGUGCCGCGGAUGCCAAACGGCGUCUGGAUGCAUCGCUAACUGGAAAAAGACCGAGUGCGACGCCCACAUGGCCAACGGCUUUGUCUGGUGCGGUGCCAAUUAGAUUGCAUGAACGACAUUCGCAACCUCGCUAACAAAGAAGUAAGUACUUUUAACUUGUCCAUUCGAA